CCCCCGAUGAAAGAAUGAAUGCUUAUCUAAAAAUGGUUUCUAUGUAUGGUUUGAGAUGGUACAAAAAGUACCUGCCUUUAAAUGUAUUUUAUUUCCAGAGAGCUAAUAUAGCCACACUAAAUGGAGUCAACAAUAAUUUUAAUAAUCAUAUUGUUUGGUUGGAUAUGGAAAUGACUGGACUUGAUGUUCAAACAUGUCGCAUAAUGGAGGUAGCUUGUGUAGUAACAGACAAAGAUUUAAAUAUUGUAGGUAACGAGUUAAAUAUAGUUAUACAUCAACCUAAUACAAUAUUAGACAAUAUGAACAAAUGGAAUACACAGCAGCAUGAAAGUACAGGAUUAAUUAAUGAAUCACGUUUAAGUAAAAUAACCAUACAAGACGCUGAAAAAAUUCUAUUAAAUCAUUUAAAAACAUAUGUAGAAGAAGGUGUCAGUCCACUUGCAGGAAGUUCUGUUUAUAUGGAUCGUAUAUUUUUACAGAAAUAUAUGCCGACAGUUGAUAACUAUCUGCAUUACAGACUUAUAGAUACUUCUACUAUCAAAGAAUUAAUUAAGAUAUGGAAUUUAAAUAUCCCUAUGUUUAAAAAGGGUCAUAGGCACAGAGCAUUAGCCGAUAUAAAAGAAAGCAUACAAGAAUUAGAAUAUUAUAAAAAAAAUUUAUUUCAUUCGUAACCAUUCCAUUAUCUAGUGAUUACACGACAGGUCGGUGUUCACGGACAGGAUUUGGCUCAUGCGCAUAGCGUCCUCAACGAACACAGAUUUGGCCUUCAUGAGUUAUUUGCUGAUCAUCCCUGCUGUAGAGUCACGAGAGCCAAAAUUUUUGGUUAGAAUAUUUUAUAAAAUAAAAUAAACUUACAUUAAAGUGACAAAGUGAAUUAAAAAAUAUUUAAAAUUACAUUACGUACAAGUUUUAUUCUUUCCAUUUUAUUAUGACUUGCUUGCUAACACAAAACAAAUUUGAAUGUCGGGUCAGUUCAGUAUUAAAUAAAAAUAAUCGUUCAUAUGGCAAGAAACAUAUGUUUGAUAAUUGUCCAGAAACUUGUUGGAAUUCUGAUGCGGUAACAAAAUAUUUCCUUAAAAUAUUUUUAUAUUUAAGUUAUGUACUAAAAUAUUCCAACUGUUCAAAUUUACAUUGUCUCAAAAUAAUAUACAUAUAUUAUAGGGAACUCCACAAUGGAUAAUUAUUAAUUUUGAACAAGAGUGCAAUGUAAGUUCUUUUGAAAUUGAAUUUCAAGGUGGAUUUGUUGGUAAAAAUUGUCAAAUAGAAAUUGUUAAUCAAAAUAUUGAAUAUUUGGAAUCAUUUUUUCCAGAAGACAAAAAUACAACGCAAAGGUUUAAUUUAAAAGAAUCAAAAAAAGCAAAAACCUUCAAAUUUAUAUUUAAUGAAAGUUCAGAUUUAUUUGGUAGAAUAAUCAUAUAUAAAUUAUCUAUGUAUUCAUAGUUUUAUACUUUUUAGUGGAAUAAAUAAUUUUUUAAUAUUAUGUA